CAUAACUACACCUGGCUUGCUCUCCGAGCAGUUUGCUCCGACCUCCAGGCCCAGGGAAGCCCAGAACCUUCCAGUCAGGCACUACAAGCACAAUGGUGCCUGUCCUGCUGUUCCUGCUGCUCCUUCUGGGUCCUGCUGUCCCCCGGGAGACCCACACCGGGCCUUACUCUCUGAGCUUCCUCUACACGGGUCUGUCCAGGCCCAGUGAGGGCUUCCACAGCUUCCAGGCCAUUGCCUACCUCAAUGACCAGCCCUUCUUCCGCUAUGAUAGUGAGGGCAGGAAGGCUGAGCCCCUGGGCCCGUGGAGCCACGUGGAAGGAAUGGAGGACUGGGAGAAGGAGAGUGAACUUCAGAAGGCCAGGGAGGACAUCUUCAUGGUGACCCUGAAAGACAUCAUGGACUAUUACAAGGACAGAGAAGGCUCUCACACCUUGCAGGGGCUGUUUGGUUGUGAGCUCCGGAAUAACAAAAGCAGCGGAGCCUUCUGGAGGUACGCCUAUGAUGGACAGGACUUCAUCAAGUUCCACAAAGAAAUCCCAGCCUGGGUCCCCCUGGACCCGGCAGCUCAGAACACCAAGCAGAAGUGGGAGGCAGAAGAAGUCUAUGUGCAGCGGGCCAAGGCCUACCUGGAAGAGGAGUGCCCAGGGAUGCUGCAGAGGUACCUGCCAUACAGCAGGAGCCACCUGGACCGACAAGAUCCUCCCUCUGUGUCAGUCACCAGCCACGUAGCCCCAGGAAAAAACUGGACGCUCAAGUGCCUGGCCUAUGACUUCUACCCACGAGGAAUUGGCCUGCGCUGGACCCGGGCUGGCGAUGCGCGGGAGACUGAGUCAGGGGGAGACGUUCUUCCCAGUGGAAUCGGCACUUACCAGACGUGGGUGGUGGUGGGAGUCCCCCCUCAGGACAAAGGCCCCUACUCCUGCCACGUGGAGCACAGCAGCCUGGCCCAGCCCCUCACCAUGCUGUGGGGCAAGAGGCAGGAAGCGAAGGCCGAAGGUGACUUGGGGACGCGACCCCAGUAGUCACCCUUUCUGCGGGACACAAGAGACUAAACUCUAGAAAUCACUGUCAGCGUCAUCAGCGCGGCCCAGGG